CUCUUCAGUUUUCACCGUCGCAACUUGAUUAUUCCCCACUUAUUCACCACUCUCCAAAUCCGAGUCCUAAGUAGCAGGUUUUUAAGUCUGCUGAGACAGACUGUGUCCAGAAAUCCUACCAGUCAGCCAUGUUUGCGAUCUUGAAGAACCAGAUCAACGUCGUGGGCGACAACAACUUCCUGCUGUAUGGCCGCGUGGUGGACGUAGCCGACGAUGCGCUGGGCAUCGAUCUGCUCUGCGCCGGGCGUCGACGCGAGCGCAUCCCCUUCCAGCAGCUGCUCUGUCGCCCAGCGCAGAACCUGGCAUGCCUUUUCUUUCUGGGUAUAUACCACUGGGAGAGCGUGGCCGUGGAAGUGCUGCUGCGACGGGACGGUACGUGGCGCUGGUGGUCAAGCGACAAGCGCAUUCGACCGCUGCCCGCCGGUUGGCGGGGGGCUUCCGCAGAACAGCUGCAGCGGAUGAAGGAGGUGCACCUGGCGCUCGUGGACGGCGACGGAAGCCAGGACACGGACGCUCAGGGUCAGGUGGUCUGCUUCGACGUCGCGGAUGGCCAGGUGCAGUACGUCGUGGACCUGUACGGUGGCGGCGGGCUGGGACAGUCUCAGGAUACGGCACAGAAAAUCGUGGAUGAACUGCACAGCGCGCUGACCCAGCGCCUCCCGGUCAUCCUGUGUGAGAUGACGGCCCGGCUGGAAGGCGGCACACCGGAUGCAGCUGGUGCGCUGGGCGUGGACGUGUGACCGCACGUGUUGGCCCAGAUGGACACACGGACGCUGACCCGGCUGCGCGUGGUGUGCCCAGCGUGGAACACCAUCCUGGACGCCGCGGCGCUGUCGACCUCCCUGCUCAUCAAGAAGGACGGGACCGGCUAGCGUGUGCGCGCGCUCGACUACCCCCUAACGGCACCCUCCUACACGCUCUGGGCCCAUUCUGCACGCUCUGCGCCCCUCCACGCGCAUCCUCCUCUACGCCCGCGACCCCCAACACCCACUCCUCACCGUGGACUGCUUCACCGUGCUGGACGCGCUGCGGAUGGUGGGAGGCGGGGUGCGGCGCGUGCCGGCGCUGUACGUGGCCGGGGCGGAGUUGGUCCUGGAUGUGGGCCAU